UGCAGAUCUCACACGUCUGCAAAAAUAGACACACUCCAUAAUAAUUCGCUCUCUCAGUUCAGUUCGUACACCACCACCUUAUACGCAAUCCCUCUUCCAACACUAUAUAUAACCCCCUCCAACCUUCCCCAUCUCCGUCUUCAUUUUUUUCCACUCUAGCUUCUCACACCCUUGUAUUAUUCGAUCACUUUGGUUUCUGGGUCAGUCGCCAUUGGGCGAGGUCUGGUUCAGUUUGUCACAUCCCACUGCUCUCUUCCGAUUCUUGACGUGCGUCGGUCGGUGAACGUGAAAACCCUCAGAGCUCCUUAUUUAUUGAGAGCCAAGUAAAGGACCUUCCCUAAAACUAGGGACCGCUCUCCCACCCAAAACCCUAUUCACCACGUCACUUCUGAGAUCAACCCAAACCCCAUCUCUCAUUAAUAAAACCAUAAACCCCCAACGAAAAACGGUUCCAAAUCCGUUUCACUAGCUAGCUUGGGAUCUCGGACGGGUCGUGUUUGUGGCGAAAUGGGCAACUGUCAGGCGGCGGAGGCGGCGACGGUGAUCAUUCACCACCCGGCCAACAACAAGGUCGAGAGGAUUUACUGGUCGGUGAGCGCUCACGAGAUCAUGACGUCGAAUCCGGGGAACUACGUGGCGCUUGUGGUGACGUCGCCGACGUUGAAGACCGAGAAUGGCGCGCCGGUUAAGCAGCUCAAGCUUCUCAGGCCGGACGACACUUUGCUUAUCGGACAGGUUUACCGGCUCAUCAGUUUCGAAGAUGUGUUGAAGGAGUUUGCUGCUAAAAAGUCUGUGAAGCUGGGGAGGUUGCUGAGGGAUAGCGGUGGUCUUGGCCUGGAACUGAAGAAAAAAGACUUGGAUGGUCCGAAUCCGAAUUCGAAGUCCGCCGACCGCAAUUCUACCAAGAUGGAGCAUGAGGCUCACCGUGUCGGAAGCAGCAGUAGUGGUGGUUGUGGUGGUGGCAGCAGCAGAGGUAUGGCGAGGAAUCAUGGUGGUGGGGGGCAGUGGAGGCCAGCUUUGCAGAGCAUUGCAGAACUUGGGACUUGAACAUAUGUACAUGGUGCACUACUAGUACUCGGGCACACCAGUCACCAUUCCCACCACAGCUCAGAGUCUCAGAGAUCCCUAGCUUUCUGUCAUUCUCCCGCGAAUAAAAACAAGCAGCUAGCAUGCAGCUUCAGCUCCUUUCACUCUUUUCCAUACGCGCGUUUCUUAAUCGAUCUCUUCUUUCUUUCUUUCUUUCCUUCUUGGAUUGGUGCAUGUUAUUAGAUAGACCUCCGUAGCUAGGUAUGAACGUCACUGAACUUGGACACGUAUGUAUACUUCUAACCCCUCUUCUUUUAAUUGUGAUCAGCUGCAACCUAGCUAUCUAUCUUGCCCAAGUGAUGCCUUCUCUUACUUAACUAAUUAAUUUGAACUUUUA